UUCACAACCACUCCUGCCAUCGAGCCAUGGACCACUUCUCCUGGUCCGACGGCGUUCAAGCCGUCCUUGCCCCAUGUCUCGCCUGCCUCCCCAGCCGCCGCUAUCACUCGCACCCCGAAUCCUCCACCCAAGGCGCAGGCCCCGAUCUCCAACGCCUCCUCGCCGAGCCGGGCGACAGCACCGACACCGAGGCCGAGACUCUCUCGCUGCACUCCACCGUCGGUCACGAGCAGCGACGCAAGAAGAAGAAGAAAAAGAAGCGGAACCCGAAACGGAUCACGCUCUGGGGCUGGGACCUGUUCGGGCGGCCCGCGAUCCAGCUGCCGCCGGAUGAGGACGACGACGAUGGCGAGCAAGGGGAGGGCAGGAGGGGCAGACCGCGGCUGAGCUCGCGCGCGAGCGUCGACUCGGACGCCGCCCCGAUCGACCCGUCCACCAUCGCGCAGCUCUCGUCGUCACCCCCGGCGCCGCGCGGCCAACCGUCGGAACACGCCCGGAUGCGCGUCGAGCCGGAGGAGGACCGGGUCGCGCGCGAGCAGGAGCGGGAGCGGGAGGAGCGGCGGAGGCGAAGGCGCGAGCGCAGGGCGAUGAAGGAGCUCGCGCUGCGGCUCGCGGCGGGGCACGGCGCGGACGACGGGGAGUUCGAGGGCUUCCAGGGAUCCGGGUCCGGAGUGGGCGGCGCGGGAGGCAUCCCGUCGCCCUUCAAGCGCGGCGCGCUGCCCGUCUCGCCCAGCGUGACCGGCUCCGACUCGCAGCUCUCGUACCAGCAGCGCGCGCCGCAGCAGCAGCAGCAGCAGCUGGCGCCGCACCCGGACGUUGACGAGCCGCUCGAAGGGGACGCCGACUUUGGCGCGGAGAGUUACGCGAAGCGGGGCGGCGCGGCGGGGACGUCGGACGGGGGAGGGUCGGAUUCGCGCUCGCGCACGUCCGGGUCGCGGUCCAACUCCGGAUACGCACCGUAUCCAGCGGACGCCACGCAAUCCGCGGGCGUGGGUGCGGAGUACAACCACCACUUCCUCUCUUCUCAGCCUCCUGCACAAGCUCAGAAGAAGAGCAAGAAGAAGAAGAGCAGGAAGUCGGGGAUCGCGUCCAACUCGAACUCGUCGCAUUCCCGUUCCGACUCGCGCUCGGUGGUGCUGUCGCCGUCGACGCCGGCGUUCGAGGGGUACCCGGCUGAAGAUGACACGUUCGAGGGAUACCCCGUGGACGACACGCCUGUGAAGACGAAGGCACCUUCCGUGGCGAGCGCGACGACUACGACAUCUUUCCCGAGCUCCGGGUUUGGCGGGUCACGGAGGGGGAAGAGCGAUGCGGGUGUCUUCCUCGCACGGAGGGGAGACGACUAG